AUGUCAGUCGUGCAAUUAUCACCCAGAGUCCAAGAGCUGCAGCGUCGCUUAACAGAUUUUGUCGAAAACGAAUGCAUCCCGGCCGAAUCCGAGUACCAAAAGGAGCUCAAUCAGGGAUCCGACCGAUGGAAGGCAGUGCCGCCAACAAUGGGCAAGCUCAAAUCGCGCGCACGGGAACUCGGACUAUGGAACCUUUUCCUGACCAAAGAGUACAAGGAGGGGGCCGGACUAAGCAACUACGAGUACGCCAUCCUGUGCGAAAUCAUGGGUCGCUCACCGAUGCUCGCCCCGGAGGCCUGCAACUGCAGUGCGCCGGAUACAGGCAAUAUGGAGGUAUUUGCUAAAUACGGCACGGAGGAACAGAAACGCAAAUGGCUGGACCCACUUUUGGAUGGCAAGAUCCGGUCGGCGUUUGCAAUGACCGAGCCCGAGGUGGCUUCUUCUGAUGCGACGAAUAUUAGCACUCGCAUUGUGCCUGGUCGCGGCCAUGGUGGUAACGGGUAUGUUGUGAAUGGGCGCAAGUGGUGGAUUUCGGGCGCCGGUCACCCGAACUGUGCCGUGUUCCUGGUCAUGGGCAAGAGUGACCUGGAGGCGUCCAAGUACAGCCAGCAGAGCAUUGUUAUUGUUCCUGCCAAUGCGCCCGGCGUGCGCGUCGUGCGCCCGCUCACUGUCUUUGGCUACGACGACGCGCCGCAUGGUCACUGCGAGGUGGUUUUUGAGAAUGUCUGGGUGCCCAAGGAGAACAUUAUCCUGGGACAAGGUCGCGGCUUCGAGGUUAUCCAGGGCAGACUCGGUCCCGGACGCAUCCACCACUGCAUGCGCUCCCUGGGAAUGGGUGAGCGCGCGCUUGAAUUGAUGAUUGAGCGUGUCCAGCAGCGGUCAACUUUUGGUCGCAAAUUGAUCGAGCACGGCGUGGUUCUUGAAAAUAUUGCCCAGUCACGCAUGGGGCUGGAGUCUGCCCGGAUGCUGGUGUUGAGAGCGGCCGAUAUGAUUGACAAGGCUGGAGCUAAGAAUGCUAAGAAGGAGAUUGCAAUGGCCAAGGUUGUUGUUCCUAAAUGUGUUUUGGACGUGUUGGAUCGCGCUAUACAGAUGUUUGGUGCUGGUGGGGUGGGCCAGGAUACGCCGUUGGCAGAGUUUUGGGCUGGAAUGAGGACGCUGAGGAUUGCCGAUGGACCUGAUGAGGUCCAUAGCAGACAGAUUGCGCAGCUGGAGAUUGCCGAGCAGAACGAGAGGACAAGCGCCAGAAGAAACAGAAAUGCAGGAAUUAAAGCCAGGCUUUAA